AUGAAUCCGCAACACCCAACGAACCCAUGGCAGUUGCCACGGUCUCUCUCAGACACAGAGCUCGAAAGAAUUUUGGACGAAAGUGGACAACCUUGGUUAGAAGAAGAUGUGUUUGAUUCGAAUCCUUUCGACUCUAGCCUAUUUGCACUAGACCCUUAUAAUCUCGAGUGGUCGCAAUGGAUGAGCCGUGAGUCACAUGAGACACAGAUGCCUGGUGGGGGACUUGAACCCCCAGAUCCCCAGAUCCAGACCCCAUGUAUCUCACAUGAUCCUGGUCCUUCAUUGGAAGGGAAUAUCAACCUUUUUGCCCCGCAAUCGGAUCUCGCCAAUGUCUCACAAUGGCUUGAUGGGGCAUAUCGGCCUCCUGUGUCCUGCAGCUACUGUCGAAGACAUCGCCUGCAAUGUUUGAUCAUUCGAACCACAUCUGCAAACCCAAAUCCAAAGACAUCUUGCUCGAGCUGCGUGGCUUUGUUUAGGGAGUGCAGCCUGGCAAGGGGCGAGAAACGCCUCCCGUCGGGCUUUGAGACUCUAUCCCCAGUUUUGGGCCAUCUUCACGGUGUCCCGGAAGAUGAAACCGCAAUUACAGAAAAACUAGAACUGGGCGAUGAAAGAAAAGAGCCCAAGCAAUUUAUCAGAAAGGGAGCCAGAGUAUUACGCGAGUGGUUCUAUCAGAACCAGGAAUGUCCCUAUCCCACGGAGGCACAAAAGAACCAACUCUCGCUAGAAACCGGCUUCUCUCCAAAACGCUUAUCAACUUGGUUUGCAAAUGCCCGUCGCCGCCAGAAACAGAAACUCCAGUCGUCGGGUCUGGCUUCGACAUCACGUACUCGCGCGAGCUCUCCUAUGGUCAAAGGAACGUUGGCCUCCCUGACUCCCAUGGAGCGAUGGCAGGCCUCUCCACCGGACGAUGAACCUGUCCCAGAGGCAGCAAUUCAAAAUGCUAUCAUGUCUGGAUCAAUAGAGUCGGAGCACAGCUUUGACCCAUUUCAACUAGAUGGGUCUCGUAUGGACAUGUUCAAUUUUGACGAAAGUUCCUCGCAUCUGGCCACCUCAGUAUCCAGCGUCGGAAGCAAAGCAUCCGAGACCUCUGAGAGCGGCUCAUCGGCAUGGAGCCAUCAUUCUUCUGGAGAGACAGGGUUAUCCUUUCAACUAUCCAAACCUAGCAAACCAAAACGCAUUCGGGGGCGACAACGACCAAGCGGGAAUUAUCAGUACAGAUGCACAUUCUGUGCACAAUCAUUCAAGAAAAAACACGACUGGUCACGCCAUGAGAAAAGUGUCCACCUCGCUCUUGACUCAUGGGUAUGCACCCCCAAUCUUAAUAACGUCCAACAAUCAUUCGACCUCCAAUCAUCGGAAUGCGCCUUUUGUGACGUGUUAUUCCCAACGCCAGCCCACUGGGAAGAGCAUGAAUUUAAUGUCUGUGUCGAGAAACCCGUCCAAGAACGGACGUUCAGUCGAAAAGAUUAUCUGUGGCAGCAUCUACGUAAAUUUCACAGUUGCACUAAACCGCCUGUGCCUGACCUCGACGCAUGGCGUGGGUCAGGCACGAACGUGCAAAGCCGCUGUGGAUUUUGCGGAUGUUCCUUGUCCACCUGGCCCGCGCGUGCGGAACAUUUGGCUGAACAUUUCAAAAAAGGCUCUCAGAUGGAUGAAUGGGAAGGUGAUUGGGGUCUGGAUGCUUCCACUAUGAGCGUUCUGCGAAAUGCUGUCUUACCAUCUCAACGCCUGGCAAGUUUACCUACUUGA